GUGUGUAUGCUCGGGCUCAGAGUCGCAGCACAGGUCUCAGCCAGAGGAUCAUACGUUUACGCGUAAAAUCUAAAACGUAUAGGAUUUCCUGUUACCGACAGUAAGUCGAAUACCGCUCGUCGGACGCGGUCGACAGAUGGCGCCCGCGCUGUCGCUACCGGACGGCUGGCAAGUGACAGUCAGCCGGUCGUUUCCCGCGCGCGCCACGUCAGCUGAUCGGCGCUUCGGAGCAGUCGCGAGAUGUCAACUGCUGCACGCAGGUGGUGCUCGAUUCGGUAAUGGCGUAUGACGGCUGAGGAGCCACGGGUGCGAAACGCGCACGGAUGCUCGAGUUUUUCGCGUGUCCGCCAACAACAACGGGGUUGGUGAUCAAGUGCCCGUACGCGGCGCGUAACACGUGUGUGUGUGUGUGGUGUGUCGGUGUGUCGCGAUAAAAUGAGCGCGUCGAGUGGCGUGUUGCCGUCGUACCAGCGGCUCGCGAACGGCGUACCGGUGCCGUUGUUCUCGAGACGGUCCUUCCGUCCGCGCGAGAAGUAUCUGAUCCUCCUGGUGCUGAUGACGUUCGGUGUCGUGUGCUUCGGCGCGUUCUUCUACCUGCCGGAUUUUCGCACCGGCGGCGCCGCAGUCAACAGCGUCUACCGCGUGUACCAGAGCAUGCAGAAGGCUGGACCAGAGCUGCUGCUCCCGGUGCCACCGCGCGCCUCCGCCGACCUCAAGGACUCGCGCUCGUCCGCGUACGGCCAUCCGAACGCGGUGCCGCCGGGUCACGAGGGCAGCGAUCACCAGGACGUGCACCUCGUCGAGGACAAGCAGAAGUUGCAGGCGAAAAUUAACGAGGAGUAUCAACAACAAAAGACAUUAGAAAAACCGGACAUGGGUGAAUCGCGAGUGCGUACAAGUAGUUCCUCAUCGUUGAUAGUGCACAAGGAAGAAAUCGUUUUGGUGACAGUGCCACCAGCGCCUGCGGAUAAGCUGCCAUUAACAGUCGGCGGAGAGGAUAAGGACCCUAUCGCCAGGCAACGAAGGGACAAAGUGAAAGAGAUGAUGAAGCAUGGUUGGGACAAUUACGUGCGAUAUGCAUGGGGGAAAAAUGAAUUAAGACCAAUCUCAAAGAGAGGUCAUAGUGCAAGUAUCUUCGGGGCCUCAAAUAUGGGCGCAACUAUCGUCGAUGGACUUGACACUCUUUAUAUCAUGGGUCUCCACGAUGAAUUUAAACAAGGACGCGACUGGAUUGCUGAGAAUCUGGACUUCGAUAUCAACUCCGAAAUAUCGCUCUUUGAGACGAAUAUUCGUUUCAUGGGAAGCCUGCUUGCCUGUUACGCUCUCACGGGAGACGUAAUGUUCCGGGAUAAGGCGGCACAGCUCGGCGAACGGAUGCUGCCUGCCUUCCAGACGGAAACCGGAAUUCCUCAUUCCCUCAUCAACCUUCAUACCGGGGCCAGCAAGAAUUACGGUUGGGCGAGCAGCGGGUGCAGUAUUUUAUCCGAAAUCGGAACGAUGCAUCUUGAGUUUACCUACUUGAGCGAUAUAACGAAUAAUCCAGUGUUCAAGAGCAAAGUUGAGAAUGUAAGGAAGGUUCUGAAAAGUCUGGACAAACCAAAGGGUCUUUAUCCGAAUUAUAUCCAUCCAAGAACAGGAAAGUGGGGUCAACAUCAUAUGUCGCUCGGUGGACUCGGCGACAGUUUCUAUGAGUACCUACUGAAAGCUUGGAUUCAGUCGGGCAAGGAGGACGUCGAGGCACGUGAAAUGUACGACGACGCAAUAGCCGCUAUAACCGAGCACAUGAUCAAGACAUCCCCUGGCAAACUUGUAUACGUGUCGGAUUUAAAAUACGACAGGCUCGAGCAUAAAAUGGGUCACUUAGCUUGCUUCGCCGGCGGUAUGUUUGCUCUGGGCGCUAAAACUUUGGAAAACGAAUUGUCUGACAAAUACAUGAACAUCGCCGCUGGUUUGACUAACACAUGUCACGAAUCAUAUGACAGAAGCGCUACAAAACUCGGCCCUGAAGCUUUCCACUUUAUCGAAGGCAACGAGGCCAGGAGCUUAAAAAAUGGCGAAAAAUAUUAUAUUCUACGACCUGAGACUUUCGAAUCCUACUUCGUAAUGUGGCGGUUAACAAAGGAUCCAAAAUAUCGUGAAUGGGGUUGGGAGGCAGUUCAAGCAUUGGAAAAACAUUGUCGGGUUCCCGGAGGAUUUACGGGACUUAACAAUGUUUACCUGGUCGACUCGGCAAAAGACGACGUCCAACAAAGUUACUUCUUUGCUGAGACGUUGAAGUAUCUCUAUUUACUCUUCAGCGAUGACGAUCUCAUAAGUCUGGACGACUGGGUAUUCAACUCUGAGGCUCAUGUGCUUCCUAUCAAGGGCAAUCCUUUGUACCGCCCAGCUCCUUCUUUAUAAGCCAGACAAAUUUACAACAGAUUGAACUGACAAUUCUCGUUCGGCAGUGAUGGACAGAUAUAAAUAUAUAUAUAUAUAUAUAUAUAUAUAUAUAUAUAUAAAAUAUGGCGAUACAUAAUGGAUCAGAAUUAUAUAGUGGUAGAAGACUGAAGAAAUUCAUUUCAAAUUAAGAAAGUGUUUUCCUCGCCGAUUCUUUUUAUAUAAUUAUGUUUUACAUUAUGUGGAUUGAAAAAAAAUUUAUAUUACGAAAAAACAAGAAUACAACAAUUUUCUUUCAUUCAAUUAAUUUAAAAGUAUUAACUUUACGAUAAUAAAAAUGUUAUUUGUAAAAAUACUGUUACGCGAUCUAUUUUGAUUUUGAUCCAUUGUGUAACACGAUAAAAUCGCAAAUUAAUAAGAGAAGAAGAAUUAGUCUGCCCUUCUAGAACGAUACAUAAAAUACGAUAAAUUAAAAUAAUUAUUUUAAGUAAAUGAAAGAAAAAGUAUGUGAGAGAAAAAGAGAGAGAAAGAAAAAGCGCGAAGAGAAUGAGAGUGAGAAAAAGUAGAAUGAAAAUAUUAACGAACGUUAUUUAAGUCACACGUUUGUAAAUAGCAAAAAUAAAAGAAAGUGAGAAUGAGAGAACGAGCGAGAGAGCUAUGAAAAUAGAAAAAUAUAUUGCGAGAAUGUGAAUGCUUCGCCCAUUUCCUUUUCCAGCCGCAGCGCAAAGCGAUUUACAUUUACACUUAAACGUAUAUUUAUAAUGUUAACAUUUUUAGCAUUCUCUAAAAAUUACGACAGAUAGUGAUUCAGCUGCGUUUCUUUUCUUUUCGUUAAUACUUUUACUCUGAAAAAAUAUCAACUCUGCCAGAAACGCGAAGAAGCGUCAUUAAGACUGGAAAGUUUAUUACAUUAUAUAUUAUAUAUUAGAAAAAAACAUUAAAUUAAUAAAUAAAAUUGUUGAUAAUGUCUUUUUACAUACAGUGUCUCUGUUAAUAUUCUUUCACAUAUUAAAUUCUGAUGAUUUACAUUGUGUAUUCAGUGAAUUGUUGUUGUUAAUUAAUAAAACUAUGUAAAUUACUUUCACAUAUAGUCAAAUGAAGAUAAGUUUUAUGUCGACACCAAGAAUCGAUAUAAACUUGUUUUGUAAAACUUCGAAAAUGAAACUGUCAAUCAAUCAAAAAAAAAAAAAGAAAAAAGGUAAAUAACGAUAAAUCGUCGAACUACUAUUUAAAAAAAAAACGUCCCAUGUAACAUUUUGUAACACUAACAUUUAACGCGCGUCUCUUUCCUCGUUUUUUCGGUGCCUCUCAAAAAGAUUUUGACCAUCCAACAAUUUUUUUAUCCUCCAGUCCAAUUCUGUUCCUACCUACAGAAUUUUUUAACAAAGGAAAAGAGUAGAAAGUACACAAACCAAACUGUCAGUCUCACGAUUGCGGUGCGAGCGUGCGUGCUUUUUGUAUGGCGAGCUAAUCGAAAUAGAAUGAAAUGAAGAGGACACCCGGAGAGGGUGUAGACCGAAUGUACGAAUGCGGUCGUGCGUUUGCAACAACGGCGAUCAUCAUUGCAAGUCAGUCGAAUAUCGUAGUUGUAAAGCAGUUAACUAGCGGGCGAUUAAUUAGCAAAGUUUAUAAUGAGAGGUAGAGACGUGUAUAUAAAGAUUAUAAGAAAGUCAUAUUCUAUGCAAGGAGUGCGAGAUAUAGAAUGGGAUUUUAGAAAAAAAACACCAUAUAAUUGUAUAAAUAGCGCUUAUACCGAAUGUAAGAAUUGAUUCGUCCAAAUUGGAUUCUGCAAUAUCCAGCGAUAAACAAUUAGAGAAGCAGUAGCAUAUAUAUCUCUCAAAGACACGCAUUUUCGCAGUGUUCAGAGUCGGACUUAUAAUUGUAAUUAAGUCCUUUCAGUAACAACAACCGUGACCAUUUAUAUCGCAAAGAGACUCUGAUUUUUUACGGGUCCAUCUCGUGAAUGAGCUUUUGUAAAACACUCUCCUCCAAUAAAUUUGACCUCGAUGGUAUCUCUUAUUGAAUUUUCAAACAAUCAAUUAACAUCGCACUCGAUGAUGAGAUAAAAACGGCCGGAAAGUUACUUAAUAUAUACAUAGUACAGAGUUAUUGCGCUACAUUUUUCCGGUAAGAUGAGGUUUCAAAGGCGAGAUUUUGAAACAUCAUCUUCAAGCGCGAAAUAGAAAAUACACGUGCACAACACACACACAUACACACACACACACACACACACACACACACACACACACACAGGUAGACUAAAUAAGAAGAUUUAUAUUAUGAGAUAUACAUGCACGCGCACAAAUGCGCGCAUGAACAUUCACUCUUAUGUAUCUGAAUGAAGCAAAACGAUUAGCUGCGCGAUUAUAUUGAUUUUUAAAGCGUAACAACCAAUUAUAAUCGACCAUUUGGUCGUUUUCAUUUUACGUCACAUCUUCCAAGAGAUCCAAGAGAUUCUAUCAUGAUACUUCUUAAAUGUCAAUACAAUUUUAAAAAGCAUCUAUGUUAAGAGACUCUAGAGAAGAGUUAUACCAAACUGGUUAACAUUAAUCGUUGAUAAAUAGGCCUUUGUUUUCCAAUUGUAUCGUAAUUAAGAAUAUAAUAUAAAAAGGGAUAAAAUUUGAAAUUAAAUAAUAUUACAUUUAAAAUAAUGUUCUUUGUAUAUAUUCUGUACUUAGACUAUUAUUUUCUAUAUUCUGACUAUUAUAAACGAAUUACGAUUAGUUAACCAUCGGUAUAACUCAUUCAAGAUAAUUCAUAAAACGAUGUACAAUAUCUCAUUCAAGAAGGGUGAAUUCAAUUUUGUAAUACUUGAUUCAUUUGAUAUUACAGAUAAUUGUUUGUUAUUAAUAAUUAAACUUAUCUGUUUUCUUAUAAAUAAUAUUAUGGAUUAUUAAAAAUAAUCAGAUUUUAUGGUGAAUUUUUAUAGUAUCGAUAAUUACUUGUGAUAAAGUAUACCGUGCAUGUUAAUGGCGAUAGUGACUAUCAUCUCGAUACGCGUUUCAAUACCCUACAAUUUUUUAAAUCACCAUGAAAUCUCUCAAAUCUCCGGUCUCUAUUGGUAACACACACACAAAUACAGUAAGCCCCAGGUGAUGUGUAUGUAAAAAUAGUGAUAACGACAUCGAGAAUAACGGCGAGAAUGGCAGUGUCCGGCGACGAUGAUAGUAAUAAUGAUAGCCUAUACAUACAUUUGUGAAUAGAUAUUUAAUAAUUUAUUGUUAACUAGAGUAUUUUACUUGGAAUACUUCACUGAACGGGGUUUUGGGUACAAUAAUCUUUUCUUAUGGCAAUGAUGGCGCUUACAGUUUGUUUAUUUGAGUGAUAACGAGAGAAAGGAAAGAGAACAAAAAUUAAAUCUUAUGAUUAGCUUUACUCGCCUGAUCUUUGUACGAUGAGCCGAGGAUUACGCGCCACAAGAGAAAUAUAUAUAUUAAAGAAGAAAACAAAUAUGUCAUAUAAAAAAAUUUUGUCAGAUGCAAACUAUACUUGUAAAUAUAAUAUACAAUCUAGUGAUAACGGGGUUUUACUUUUAACAGCUUUACGUAAUUAUUACUUUGUCAUGAUCAGUGAAAUAAAUAAAUAUUGAUAAUACGUUA